AUGUAUAGCUCAUAUUCACGGCUCUUCGCUGCUGUAAAUACUAUCAAGUGGUUUUUCGAGGAGCUAAUGAGGAUAUUUGAGAAUGGAACACAAGGCAAAGGACAUUUAAAUUUUAUACAUAUUGGACCUUUGGGAGAUGAGUACUGCCAGAUAUUCAACAUGUUGAUAAAUGGCACAAAUACCAACAACACCGGAGAUCUACUACUGGAUAUUAUGAAUAGCGACGAAUGGGGAGAAUAUAACAGCACAAAAAAAUUCUUGGCGCCGGUCGGAUGUUUUUUGAAGGAUUGGAGUCGAGCGCUUAUGGGAACGAUGUUCGUGCUGGGACUAUUUGUAUUUUUUGGGGUCGCUAUGAGGUGCUGGUUCUUCGUAUUGCCGCAUAUUCUGAUAAGAAUCCCAGCUGCUCUAUUCCUUGCCGCCCUCAUCUACCACGAAAUCGCGCUCGCCGUCGCUUCCCCAGGCACCUACGAACCUGUCCAUAUUUGCAUUUCAAUAGUUGCAGCAAUUGCUCUGCUGCAACUACCCUAUUUUGGUUGGGCCGAAUACCGACUUAUUGGCUAUCUACGAAACCGGAAACGUAGUGCUGGAGUCUACUCCACCCACACCCAAGCCAUCUCCACGACCCAUCGCGAAGAACCAAAAACUCAACCCUGGCGGUUUUCGAAGGAGCGUACAGCCGAUGGGCGGACGAUUGAUGUUGUUGCCCAGCCG